AUGAAACUCUUUGUCUUUUUAGCUCCUGAAAAUGUGCAGAAUGUGACGGUGUUGACUCAAACUGAGAGCAGUAUAACUCUGAUGUGGGACAAGGUUAAUAAUAUCUCAACAUACUUCCUGAAGUAUGAUAACAAUAGCAUUGAGAAGGUGGAACCCAUUACUACAACUCCUGAAGAGCCAUCCGUUACACAUACGGUCAUUGAUUUGAGUGCUGGGAAAAAAUAUGAUUUUUUGCUCCUCACGACACAUAAUGGAGUCAACAGCACUGGAGUCAAUAUUUCUGCAGCCACUGCUCCUCGUAACACAGACGACUUUAAAUCAAUUGGACAAAAUGAGACCAGUAUAACUCUGCAGUGGAACAAAGUGAAUGACAUCCUCAACUAUAUAUUUGCGUUCAAUGGAAGUGAGAUAAAGGUCACUGCAUCAGUGGAAGAUAAAGUGACAUACACUGUACAAGGACUCACAAGUGGGACUAAAUAUGACUUCAGUCUCUUCACUAUGUUUGAAAAUGUCAGCAGCAGUGGAGUAAACCUAACUGCAGUCACUGCUCCUCGUAACACAGACGACUUUAAAUCAAUUGGACGAAAUGAGACCAGUAUAACUCUGCAGUGGAACAAAGUGAAUGACAUCCUCAACUAUACACUUGUGUUCAAUGGACAGGAGAUAAAGGUCACUGAAUCAGAUGAAGAUAAAGUGACAUACACUGUACCAGGACUCACAAAUGGGACUAAAUAUGACUUCAGUCUCUUCACUGUGUUUGAAAAUGUCAGAAGCAGUGGAGUCAACCUAACUGCAGUCACUGCUCCUCGCAACGCAGACAACUUUAAAUCAAUUGGACGAAAUGAGACCAGUAUAACUCUGCAGUGGAACAAAGUGAAUGACAUCCUCAACUAUAUACUUGUGCUCAAUGGAACUCCUCGUAACGCAGACGACUUUAAAUCAAUUGGACAAAGUGAGACCAGUAUAACUCUGCAGUGGAACAAAGUGAAUGACAUCCUCAAAUAUAUACUUGAGUUCAAUGGACAUGAGAUAAAUAUCACCGCAUCACAGGAAGAUAAAGUGACAUACACUGUACCAGGACUCACAAGUGGGACUAAAUAUGACUUCAGUCUCUUCACUAUGUUUGAAAAUGUCAGAAGCAGUGGAGUAAACCUAACUGCAGUCACUGCUCCUGCAGAUGUAAAAGCUCGAUGUGAGAACGUUGCAGCUGGCUACUCUAUACUUAUCGUCUUUGAUAAACCGAAGGGUUUGUGGACUGAAGUGGAGGUGAAUGUGACUGGGAAGACAGAAAAGUAUGAUAAUAAGACACAGAAGAUCACAAUACCUGGAUUCCAACCUGCAAAAUCAUAUGAGGUGUCUAUAGCUCUACUCUCUGAGAAUGUGAUGAGUUGUACACCUUAUGUUUUCCAAUGCCAGACUGAUCCAAGGGGAGUCAUUGUAGGGUCAGUGAUUGCUGUCCUGCUUUUUGGUGUUCUGGUCUUUCUAGUGGUCUUCAUUUUGCUUAAAAGACCAGAUAUUAUCAGAAAAAAAACAUUCAUUGAGGGUUCUCGACAAUCUAAAAAUAGCAAAGCUAUUUCUGUCGCAAAGUUUCCAGACCAUUUCUACCACUUGAGUGCAGAUGAGAACAGAGGUUUCAGUGAGGAAUAUGAGAAACUUCUUCCUGUUGGCACGGAGCAGACACGAAAGGUAGCGCUCCUGCCUGAGAACAAGGCCAGAAACCGUUUGAGCACCGUUCUGCCAUAUGACUGGUGUCGAGUGAAGCUAAGUACAUCGAAUCCCACUGGGGCCUCUGACUACAUCAAUGCCAGUUACAUGCCAGGCUACAAGAACAACCGAGAGUACAUUGCGACUCAGGGUCCUCUUCCUGGUACAGUCAGUGAUUUCUGGAGGAUGAUCUGGGAACAAAGAGUGAAAGGUAUCGUCAUGGUAACCAACUGCACCGAGGGAGGACGGACUAAAUGCGAGCAAUACUGGCCCUCGGACAGAGAGACUUGCCUUUAUGGAGAGAUGCAGGUCACCAACAAAUCUGAGCAGCAAGAGUUCAACUGGACUUUGAGGGAAUUUACACUGAAAUAUAAGAACACCUCAGAAGAGCGCACUGUGAAACAUUUCCACUUUACCGCCUGGCCUGACCACGGAGUCCCACAGGGCAGUGAAGUCCUGAUCCAGUUCAGAGAACUGUUCAGACAGCACAUAAAGACAGAGGGAACUGGGGAACCCACUGUGGUUCACUGCAGUGCUGGAGUGGGGAGGACAGGCACUAUUAUUGCCUUGGAUGUGCUGCUUCAGCAGCUGGAGCAAGAGAAAGCAGUGGGCAUCAAUGCCUUUGUGCACAAGAUGAGACUGAAUCGACCACACAUGGUGCAGACAGAGUCCCAGUACGUCUUCCUGCACCAAUGCAUCAUGGACCGUUUGCAGCCACAUGAAGAGACUGAAGAAAACUUAUAUGAGAAUGUGGACAUGAUAUAUGUCAAUGCCAUUGAACUCCAAGAUUUUCGUUAAACAACUAAAUGAGAUUAGCUCUUCACUGAAACCUUUAUGCACUUAAUGAAAAACUCAUUCUGAAGCCUUCAUGAUGUUUUGUAUUUUAAAAUAUCUGUACUGUAAAAGAAAGUUUUAAGACAUACAUUACUGGUCAAAAGUUUUAGAACACCCCAAUUUUUCCAGUUUUUUAUUGAAAUUCAAGCAGUUCAAGUCCAGUGAAUCACUUGAAAUGGUACAAAGGUAAGUGGUGAACUGCCAGAGGUUAAAAAAAGGUAAGAUUACCCAAAACUGAAAAUUAUACAAAACCACUUAAAAAUGUAGGUCUUACAGAGAAAUUGCGAAGAAAGUCAAGGUGUCAGUGAGUACAUUUCCUCCACCAUCAAAAGGCACUCAGAAACUGGGGGGGGGGGGGGGAUUUAAAAUACUGUGUUCAUCACGCAGGAGUUUUUUAUGCCGUC